AUGCUAAUUGAACUUAUGACUGCCAUUGUAAGAACAUCUCUAGUUCUUAUUCAUAGCGUUGGUGGAUUUAGUGAAGCAGGGAAAGGAACUCCAGAGGAUCUAAUAUUUUUCUAUAAACACAUAGGCAGUGGUGGGAAAAUAAUCAGGCAUGAUGACGAGCUUCUCAUAUACAGAUACCAUCCUCAUGCUACAACUUUCUCAAUCCAUGAACAGACCAUAUGGGACUUGCGUAUCCAAGAACUUCAGGAGAAGGUGCUGAAAAACUGGGAUACUUUUACUAUCUGGAAUGCUGGGAAGCAAGGACGGAAAUUUUACAGAUCACUGACUAAAGAAAACCAGAGGAAGGUCACUGCUUUCUGUGACGUUGAUGUCAAGAAGGUUGGGUCCUACUACACUUAUGAAGAAACAAAGGAAAAACCAAAACCAAAAGUACCAAUCAUUCAUUUCAGCGAAGCAAAAGCUCCUCUAAUUAUUUGCAUGAAGAUGGAGUUAACUGGAGGACAGUUUGAAGAAAACUUAAGAAGCUUACAUCUAGAAGAGGGAAAAGACUAUCAUCAUUUUAAUUAGCACCCAAGGAGCCAAAAUAUUUGUUGAUAUAUGGGUAUAGCACUAGUAUUAAUCUUGCGAAUCAAAAUGUGCUGUACGUGUCUGCAGUACAAAAUACUACCAGUGGUCUUCAGCCUUAAAGUAUAAAGGAUAUCUGUAUGGUCGUCUGCUGAAGAUUCUCAUGCUAAGUGAAAAUGGCAAAAAAUCUAUACAAAAUGUAAUAAGUGCUAGCAUUAGCCCAGAGUUCUUAUGAAAUGGAAGUAAAAUCUGAGUUAUUUACUAUAUUGAAAGCCUUCAUUUUUCCUCCAUCAAGAAUAAUGUGCAGAGCUUUCCCAAUAUAGUAAGAGUAUACUUAACUCCGUACAAAGAUGGAUAACUUCCCCACACCUCUGGAGGACUCCUCAGAAAGAAGCAAAUCUGGCACCAAAAAAGCAAACAAGUUCUUGCAAGCAGACUUUCAUAGGUCCUAAACAGAAUCUUUCCAAGAUAUGCUAUGCUACUAUUUACAUACUUCUAUGUUCAACAUAAUAUGUACCAGAUUAGAAUGGCUAAAUUUCCAGAUUGAGAUAUAGGAACUAGUAGUGUUUUUUAUUGUAUUAGAACACAAACAAAAAAAUCUGUUUUGCGAACAUCUUACCCAUAACUAAAAUGCAGUGUGACGAUCACAACCAAAAGCUUUGCAGUGUUUUCUAUUUACUACCUUCUUUCAAGGAACUUUCUGUAAACACAAAAAUAAAUUCAGAUUUUAAUAUCAAAAUAUCAUGAAUAUAUUUUAACAUCACAGUAACUGGUAAACAAAUACAUACCUAUAAGAAAAAUCAUAGACUUUCAUAGUAAAAUUGUAAUAACAAAGUAAAUACAAUUCUUAACCUUUAAAUUAUUUAAUAUAUAAAGAAUAUGAAGUCACUAUUCUACAUUACACAGCUAAGAUGCAUUGUCUUGAGUAAGAAAUAAACU